ACCAAACUGGCGCUUUUUCAUAGUGGGAAGUCAUUCACAGACUCUCACAGCUUACAUUAACUCCCUUCUACUUCUUCCACUCCCAUUCCCACCCAACUUCUUCACCUUUUUAUUUUUAUUAUUUUUUUAUUAUUAUUCAAACCUCCAAAGUAGCAGCAAAAUUUCCAAUAAAAAUAAUAAAAGUUUCAGACUUUACAAUUUCUCCACUCAAAAUUUUCACUUUUCCGUUUGAUAAAUUCUCCAAACGUUUUUUUUACUUCCCCUUUUCCAGAAAUUUUUAAUCUUUUAGGGUUUUGGUUGUUGAAGAAGACUCAAGAGUUUGAAGCAAAGUGGAGUGGUAAAGUAUUACAUAACGAGUGGGAAGCGGAAGGGAAGAGCAGCAGGGGGGAUUUGAAUUGUUAAAGCAUGAUUUUUCGGUCCCUCUUACUCUCUCUGGAAUUGUCUUUCAAUAAAACUAUGAUCAGUGAGAGUUUGCAUGCUUAAUAAUUGUGUAAUUUUUCGCAAAAGUGGUGUGAUAAAGAAGUUCUUCCAAUUGAGCUUGACCAUUAUGGAUCAGCAAGGGCAUGGACAGCCUACAACAAUGGGCGUAGGUAAUGCAUCCCAAGCAUCAUAUAGUGUGAAUCCAUAUCAGCCUAACCAAAUGAUGGGUCCCUCCCCUCCUGGAUCAGUUGGAUUGUUGCAAUCUCCCACUCAGCAAGCUGGUUCUGCUGCCUCUGCUCAGCUUGCGCAGCACCAGCUUGCUUAUCAGCACAUCCACCAGCAACAACAACAGCAAUUGCAACAACAGCUGCGGAAUUUUUGGGCAAAUCAGUAUCAGGAAAUCGAGCAGACUUCUGAGUUUAAGAACCAUAGUUUGCCAUUGGCUAGGAUAAAGAAGAUCAUGAAGGCUGAUGAGGAUGUAAGGAUGAUAUCUGCUGAAGCACCAGUCAUAUUUGCCAGAGCCUGUGAGAUGUUCAUUCUGGAGUUGACACUGCGUUCAUGGAAUCACACAGAGGAGAACAAGAGGCGAACAUUGCAGAAGAAUGACAUUGCGGCAGCCAUUACAAGGACUGAUAUUUUCGAUUUUCUGGUUGAUAUUGUUCCAAGGGAGGAUUUGAAAGACGAGGUACUUGCAUCAGUUCCCAGAGGCGGUCUUCCUGUCGGAGCACCUGCAGAUGGUCUUCCUUACUAUUACAUGCCUCCUCAGCAUGCUCCACAGGUUGGCACUCAAGGUGUGAUGGUGGGGAAGCCUAUGAUGGAUCAAGCUCUUUAUAGCCAACAGACUCGCCCUUAUAUGGCUCAGCCUGGAUGGCCACAGCAACAGCAACCUCCCAAUGAUUCUUGAGUGGAAGGGGGGAGUCCUCAACAUACCUGAUAUAGACACCGUGGAUCUUAUUAUCGUAGUUUGUAUUUGAAUGUCAAUGAUUAAUAGGGUUUGUCUAGAAUGCAAUACAGAUUUAACACUUGGUUUCAUAUCUAGCUAUUACAGAUAGAAAGGGCUUGUUUGAUACUAAAAAAAAUUCUGUAAAAGAUGAUUGGUAAUAUAUAGGAUAUUUGGAUUUCAUGUUUC